AAAUGGAGUUAUGGCCUAUUUUGGCCAAAGUCAAAGAAAUUCCAGGAAGUAAUGUUAUUAUCAUUGGUCUGUAUGCAGGUCCUACAAAGCCUGCUUCUGUUGAAGAAUACCUGAAGGACUUCAUCCAGGACCUGAGGCAUGUAACUCAGGUGGGUUUACAUUGCAAUGGAAUACAUUACAAGAUUGCGCUUCCUGAUGCCUUCAUCUGUGAUGCCCGAGCCCGUGCCUUCGUAAAAUGUACCAAGGGUCAUUCAGGUUACAGCUCCUGUGAACGCUGUACAGAGCAUGGAGUUCGGACAGAGAACAGGGUUGUUUUCCAGAUCUGGCUGCACCACUGAGAACAGAUGAACAGUUUGAACAUAUGGCAGAUGAUGAACAUCAUCAUGGUGUUUCACCCCUACAAGAGCUAGGCAUAGGAAUGGUGUCAUGCUUUGUUCUUGACUACAUGCAUCUAGUGUGCCUAGGAAAUGUUAGAAAACUUGUGGGUCUGUGGAUCAAAGGACCAUUACAGUGUAGGGUUUCUGCAGCAACCAUCACAGUUAUCUCCAGCCACUUAAAAACAAUCAGAGAACAUCUGCCGAGGAAUUUUGCUCGAAAACCACGGUCACUCAUGGAAUACAGUCAGUGGAAAGCCACUGAAUUCAGACAGUUUUUGUUGUACACAGGCCGUGUGAUUCUUAAAGGACAUUUACCUGCAAGACUGUACAAGAACUUUAUGUUGCUGUCUAUAGCAAUAAGAAUUCUUCUUAGCCCAGCUUUGUGUUACAAAUACUGUGAUUAUGCUGAUAAACUAUUGAAAUGUUAUGUAACCAAUUUUGCAAAGAUUUAUGGAACAGAGCACCUUGUGUACAAUACCCACUCUCUAAUUCAUCUGGCUGAUGAUGCAAGGAAGUUUGGACCCCUUGACAAUGUUUCAUGUUUCCCUUUUGAAAAUUAUCUGGGGACAUUAAAGCAGCUGGUUAGAAGACCACAAAACCCUGUCCAACAAGUUGUACGGCGCUUAGGUGAAAAACCCAGCUGUCCUCAAGGAAAGAUGAAGGAAAUGAGGAACAAGCCUCAACCACCAAGUGCAUGUGGUCCAACUCUCUCAAACUUUCCCCCUUGUGUACAGUACAAAAGGUACAUAUACAAGGGAAACAUUAUAUCUUGCUCUCAAGGCAACAACUCCUUUGAUGUUGAGGGCAAGGUUGCCAUUGUGAAGAACAUUGUGGAGUUUGCAUCUGGAGAAAUGUAUGCUGUGUGCCAGUUUUACAAGAGACAAGGAUGCUUUUACGAUUAUCCUAUUGACGUUACGUGUAUGAGGAUCAGAAAGGUUACACAGCUUGAUGAUGGGCUUCAUGGUGUGCUUCUGACUGACUGACAAAAAGACUGAUACUGCUUCCUGUUCAAGAUGAAAAUGUAGUCUUUCCCCAGUUACAUGACUGUUGAUCUACCUCAUAUGAACUUGGCAGCAUGCCCCUCUUCAGCAUUGUGGAGUUCAGGGGGGAAGUGUCAAGUGAAGGAAGGGCUCUUGUGGAUAUUAUUUCAUCAUGUUGGUUCACUGAUGAGGACAAGAUGGACUGUUUUUGGCCAGUAGGCCACAAUGUUAAUAUCACCAAGGCAGUGAAACAACGUCAACAGCCAGAUGCCUCAUGGGGGACAUACAGUGUGUGUGCACUUGGACAUGCAGACAGAUAUGAGGAUGCCCGUCGCAAGCUCACACGAGCAGAGGCUACUUCUGAUCUUCAAACAGACGACGAUAUACCAAAGAAGAGACAAAGAAG